UAAACUAAAUAGCACGAGGGACAAGAACGAUAAAAAAUGGCAACAAAUGAGACGGCAGAAGAAUCGGUUGAUGGGCCAUACUACCUAGAAAAAGUAUCCAUUCCAGAAGACUCUGAAGAUGGUUUUGAUUAUGAGGAGAUUACUGUCGAAGAGGAGAGUAUAAGCGAAGGAGAAGAGGAUUUGGAAGCUGCAGUUAAGGCUUUGCGUGAUCGCUUUGAUGGCUCGGAAUCUGUAAUACAGCGACCGUCCUCAGACAAGCAGCCGAUAACGGCCAUCCCUGAGGUUGUAGAUGAUUUUCUCCGCAAUUUUCUUGCUAAAAUGGGAAUGCACAGGACAUUAGAUUGCUUCCAAACAGAAUGGUUUGAAAUGUUACAAAAAGGGACGCUUAAAACAGAGCAGAUUGGAUUCAUACCUGACGCCUAUACGCACAACCAGCUCUUGGAUAAUGAGCUGAAAAACAUUCAAAGAGAGCGAGACAACUAUAAGCAGGCGGCAUUCCAAGCCGGAGAGACAAUUGUGAAACUUCAAAAGGAGCGCGACUUUCAUCGUCUGCAACACACGCGCGUCGUCCAAGAGAAAAACAGACUGAUCGAGGACAUUAAACGGUUGAAGAAACACUAUGCAUCCUACGAGCCUGCUUUGAGACAACUGAACGAGAAGUACCAGAUGGUUCUGAGGCAGAAGAUGCUGAUCAGUAUUGAGAGGGACAGAAUAUCUGGUCAAGUUCAUAACCUGGACAGCACAUGUAAAAUGCACUCUUCACAAAAUGGACAACAGAAGGUCCAGCGUAGUCCAGAGAGAAGUAGAAGACCUGGAGAUGAUGGGCUAGCUUCUUACGACCCCACCAAAGAGCCAACCAAGAGCAUGGCUAAUGGACAUCCAAAAGACUCUGAGUUCCCAGCCAGCACACGUGUGAAUCCCUUACUGCCCCAAAUCAAAGCUCUGUCUGCUCAAAGCACCAAAGUCUCUGGCUUCUCCUUGACCAAGGCCUUCAAAGCCCACACCAUGGCUGUGAGCUGCCUUGCUCUACAUCCCCGAAAGCUGGUCGUGGCCUCGGCCAGUGACGAUCAACGCUGGAGGCUUUGGGGAAUACCAGAAGGUGAGAUGAUAAUGACAGGAGAGGGUCACACCGACUGGCUGUCCUGCUGUAGCUUCCAUCCCAACGGGGGCUGCUUGGCCACCACCGGCGGGGACACCACAGUGAGGAUCUGGGACUUUACCAAAGGGUGCUGUGUGCUCACCCUGGAGGGUCACGUGCAUGCCACCUGGGGCUGCUCCUUCCACUCUUGUGGCAACUUUGUGGCCUCAUGUUCCAUGGACAACACGGUCAAAGUGUGGGACCUGAACAGCGAGCGCUGCCGCCACACCCUGCGUGGCCACGUCGACUCGGUCAACAGCGUCAUGUUCCUGCCCUUCUCUAACAUCCUCCUCACCUGCUCAGCUGACAAGACCCUGUCUCUAUGGGACACCCGCGCUGGCCUCUGCGCCCAGACCUUCUACGGCCACAAGAAUUCCUGCAACAGCGCAGCCUUCAAUGCUGUGGGAGACACCGUCGCUUCCUGUGACUCAUAUGGUGUGGUGAAGUUAUGGGAUGUGAGGAAUAUGUUAACCAUGGUGACUAUGGAUAUUGGGCCACAUCCCAGCAACCAAGUGGCCUUCAGUCCAAAUGGACGGCUGCUGGCAGUUGCUAAUAAUGAUGGCUCAGUGAAACUGGUUGAAGUGGCAUCUUUGCAUGUGUCCAGUUUGUGUGGACAUACCGAUGCUGUUCAGAGCGUAAUUUUUGACCAUAAAGGAGAAUACUUAUUAUCUGCAGCAUCUGAUGGCAAAAUCUCCAUCUGGUCAUAAUAUUUUAAAUUUGUUACUAGGUGAUAUCAUUUAGCUUUUAGGAUACUUAUGAUUUAUUUGUCUGAAAUGUCCAAUUCACAAAAUCAUUAUUGUUUCAUUCAAACAGUAACAUUUCUGCCGUUAGUUAUAUAAUAAAAACGUACUG